CUGAAAACAGCCAUAAAUCAUGCAGCCUUCUACAAUGCAGCUUUCAUCACAACUCUCGGCGGGAAGUCCUCGGCAAGGAUUUUCUUCUCUAAGAACACGAAUUGAUUUCGAAGCUGCUCACGGCAAAUUACCCAGAAGGUUUCCGAAAACCUUAAACAGUUUCAAUGAGCGAGGCCCUCUCGCGGCCCCUCAAGUUCCCCCGCUUGAUCGCGAGGUUGAGGACGCCCUUCUUUAUUUGAUGCGAUUUCCUGUCACUAAAUUUCUUGAUGUGAUGCGCCCUUCCUCCCGCGAGAAGCCGCGGUAUCUGCUGAUCUCCGAGCUGCUGGGUGUGCUAAUCCGCCUUAGCGCGGGGCGCCUCAUGCUCAGCGCACUAGGGCUUGAGGAGGAGCAGGAGGCGGCGGGCUUUGAUGAUGAGGAGGAGGGGACUGCUGCUGCUGCUGCGGCUGCUGCGGACCCCAGGCCCUGGCCAGGGCCGGUGGAGCUGGUGGUGCUUCAAUCCCCCACGGGAGCUGUUGACGAUGUGCUGAGUGCCCGCGAAACGGCGCUGACCUACGGCCUGCUGGCUGGCAUGGCGGAGGGCUGCACGGCGGCCAUGCUUGUAGAGGUGAAGGCGCUGCUAAGCUUCGACCACCUGUGGCAGGCACUGGCCACCGGCAUCGCACUGGCGCGUUCGAACGCAAUCACUGCAGCCGCCGCUGCCGCCGCCGCCACCGGCCCUGGCGCGAGCUACCCGGCGGCGCCGGUGCAGGUGGUGGUGACGGACACAAAGGACUGGAUGUUCUUUACCAUCGAGGCGGUGGGCGCCGCGACCAUUGGCGGCGGGAAUGGCGGCCACGCCGGCGGCGCCGCUGGUCAUGGCACCGCCGGUGGCGGUGGUGGCGGUGGCGUCGCGACUGGCAUUGACUUCACAACCAGCAACGGCGAGACGUUUCGCAUGUCCAAUUGCAGCGUUCUGCAAACCACAGGCCUCUUCAAACCGACACCUGACACCGGCAACCUGAUCCAGCUGAUGUACCGCCUCUUCACGGGCCUGUACCCGGGCAUGGUCAUCAGCAGCCUGCCCGCGGCCGUGCGCGAGGCCGAGGAGCGCACGCGCCAGGCCGCGGACGGCUGGCUGAAGGAGAUGAAGGACUCGCUGUCGCGGGCGGAGGCGCUGCGUCGUCGCGUGCAGUAGCAGGCAAAGGCUGUAGCAGGGCAGGCGCCGGGGUGGCGGCAGCUCCGGGUCCGUGCGGGCUGGGGGUGCUAAGGGCGGUCACGGUGGUGGGUCCGGAGCCCUACCUGGCGCCGCGUGUAGGUGCUGUCAAUGGGACGGUUGGAUCCGCCAGUCACACCACAGCGCUGUGAGCACGGACAAGGCAUCGCAUGGCAUGGUAUGGCUGGUAACGGGGUGCAAUUGUGAGGGGUAGGUCGUCGCUCACCAUGUACUGUACCAUGCCCAUGCCAGCGUUCUGACGUUUGUGUAAAGCGUGUGUGUUGAUCUCACCUGACGGCACUGGAGUGCGUGUGAAGUGCUGACGUCUGCUCGCACGUCAGGUACCAGUACCGAACAUGCUACGGGGAGGCAAGGACUUUUACUCAGUGUGACACAGCUUUGAGCGGCGGGCUCUUUAGCAUUGAAUCUAAUGACGGAGCUUUCAGCAAUGGGCUCUUUAGCAUUGAAUCUAACGACGGAUGCGAGCUUGUGCGUCAGAUGCUUUAGGUGGAAUAGGUGGAACGUUGUGGCGAGGCAGGACACGAGGCCUUGUGAGGAGCAUGCGUGCUGCGCAAGAUGCUGUGUGCUGCAACCUAUCGUGUACUGUACG